ACUUAUUGAGCAUGCGCAGUCUGGUUUUCGCGGAGAAAGGUAGGAACAAGGCUGGCUGGCUGGCUGUGAACUUCUUUGAUUGGCUGGAUUAGUACCGAGUGUAUCUUCUAAGCACAAAGGUGCGGGUAUACAAUCUUCCACACUAGCAGUACAAGACAACAGUGAACAGACACGGAAUACACACCUACCCGCUACGUUUGUGGUGUCAAUACUUCCAAUGGCCACACCCACAGCUAUUACCAACUCACCUGUGAGAGCAACUGCUUCUCCAGUGAAGAAUGGGGGAGCCUCUAACCUCCAGUCCUUUUUACAGAGUGGACAACUAUCAGGAGAUCUGAAGAACCUAGUGUCCCUCCUUGGUUCCCAGUCUAGCAGUGGAAUCACAUUGGAGCAGUUGCUCUCACCCUCCUCCUUGUCUGGUCGACAGGCCACACCUACUAGCAACGCCCCUAUUACACCCCAGAGUACCUUGCAAUGGAGUACGGGUAGGAAACGAGGCCGGAACACAAGUGACACGUCCGUGCACCUCAAGAGACGAAGGGUGGCUGCCAAACAGUCAGCUGACAAACAACAAGGGAAGGGACUGAGGCACUUCUCUCAGAGAGUGUGUGAGAAAGUCAGGGAGAAAGGAAACACUACGUACAAUGAGGUGGCAGAUGAACUGGUGAAGGAGCUCUCAGAGUCUGAAUCAGCCAAUGGCUCUGAUAUGUCGAUAGACCAAAAGAACAUUCGGCGACGAGUGUACGAUGCCCUCAACGUCCUUAUGGCCAUGAACAUCAUCUCCAAGGAGAAGAAAGACAUUAGGUGGAUUGGACUGCCCACUAACUCUGCUCAAGAGUGUCAGCAUGUCGAGGAGGAACUUGCCAAAGUUGAGAAGAGAGUGGCAGACAAACGGAGCCAAGUUGAGAGCCUCCUGAUACAGAUACUUUCGUUUAAGAAUCUGAUGAAGCGUAAUCGUGAGCGUGUGACGUCUUUGGGAGGGCUUGCUCAAAACUCGUCUAUCUCUCUCCCCUUUAUCCUAGCCAAUACUAGCAAGAAGACCACCAUCGACUGCUCUAUCUCCAGUGACAAGUCAGAGUAUGUGUUCAGCUUUGACAAUGCUUUUGAGCUGCACAAUGACAUAGAGGUGCUCAAAAAGAUGGGACUGGACUGUGGUCUCCACUCUGGCACCCCAACUGAGGAGGAAGUCAAGAGGGCCAAGGCUAUUCUUCCCAAGGCCUUUGAGUCAACUCUAGACGAUAUUGUUUCCAGUAAGAGGGAAGCUGCUGCAGUUCCUGCUACCCCCAUAUCUACCCCGGACACCAUUCCUGCAGUAUCCCCCUUAACCCCUCAAAGCAUCGCCAACUCUCCACUCGUACGAGAACAACUGAUGUCCGCUCUCAGUCAAACCCUUCGCUCCAGCUCCAGUAGUCCAGCCAUUAAACCCUCUUCCCCUGUGAUAGUACCCUUGACUCCCAUGAGUGGCAUCCCCUCCCCCCAAGCAGUCACAGCCCUUGUAACAAGUGUCAUGCGAGGUACCAAAGUCCCAAUUUCCAAAUCCCCAGGUGUCUCUGCUAAAGCUCUACUACACAGUCAUUGCCCCUCCUCUCAACCACCAGUCCCUGCCUCUCCUCUGGUCAAGUCUGCUGCUAAUGUUGCCCAGACCCAAAGUCAGUCGCCAAUUACUGCCAAAUCAGAAACUAGCUUGCAAGCAACAAGGGUGGUGAAUGUCUCCAAGCUCUCCUCCCCUCAACACUGUAUCACAUCUCUUCUACAACAGUUGCAACAAAAUGCCUCUCUGUCCAAACUCAUAUCCACGGCAGCCAGCAGCAGUGCUUCUAGACAACUGUUCACCAACUCAGCACAGAAGAAAUCUUCAGACCCUAGUACAAGCAAGUAGUGACUCUAACAACAUGCUGGAAGUUGAGUACAAAAUGGAAUUUGAACAAUUACAAGAGAGCAUAAACGAGUAUUUUGUUACAUAAAAACACUGGUUGUCUAUACUAGGACUGUAUCUUUGUAUAUUUAUGUAUGUGUCAGUCAAACACAUAUGCAGCACAGAUUUUCUUAGCAUCUGGUAUGCAUUCAGCACUCUAUGUCACAUUAAAGGCUCAUUUUCAUUGUGUGCAGAUUUUUUGUGUUCAAUGGUAGUCUAAUUGAAUAUUAUUUGUGAGGUGUGAUGAUUGUUCAGGCAUGACCACAUUAUUAUUUUAUUA